UGAGCGGCGGCGGCGGAGGAGGAGGAGGAGGACGAGCAGCAGCGGGAGCAGCAACAGGAGGAGGACGGAGGGAUGGGCAACACGGCGCACAAGACCCUGGCAGACACAAGCCAACAGCCCCGCUCGCUGUCCCAUAGGCCUUACUACACAUUGCCCAAUGGUAGCCAUGAGAGGCGCUCUGUCCUCACCAUUACCGAGCCCCCACGCUUCCACUUCCAGGCCAAAGGAAAAAACAUCCGCCUGGAUGCCCAUUCUCGGAAGGCAACCCGGAGGAACAGUUUCUGCAAUGGUAUCACUUUCACUAAUCGACCCAUUCACCUCUAUGAGAAAGUGAGGCUCAAGCUGGUCUCUGUACACCAUGGGUGGAGUGGUGCACUGCGUUUUGGUUUCACCACUCACGAUCCAUCACUGAUGAGUGCAGAUGACAUCCCAAAAUAUGCCUGCCCAGACCUGGUAACAAGGCCUGGCUUCUGGGCCAAAGCUCUGCCGGAGAGGUUUGCACUAAGAGACAACAUCCUGGCAUUUUGGGUUGAUCGGCAUGGGAGAGUUUUCUACAGCAUUAAUGACGAAGAACCGAUUCUCUUUCACUGUGGAGUCAAAGUCUCUGGGCCUCUCUGGGCACUGAUAGAUGUCUAUGGAAUCACCCAUGAAGUGCAGAUACUAGAUAGCAUGUUUGCUGAAACGAUGACUUCUGCCCGUCUCAGCAAUGCCCGACUCAGCACUUGCCUUCCACAAAGCAGCCAUGAUUCAGCCAACUUUAACAACAAUGAACUGGAGAAUAACCAAGUAGUGGCCAAAAUUGCCAAUCUGAACUUGAGUCGUGUGCCUGGUCUGCCCACAGAUAACCACACAAUUCCUUGCUGUCCCAACAGACGGCAGCUUGCCCAAGUGGUGCCUGCGUUUCUGGAUACUGAUCUGCAUUUCCACUCUACUCAUGGGCCUGACAUCAACUUCUCUCAGGACCGGAUGUCUGCCUGCACCAACUGGCAAGAGAGCAAUAGAACUUUGGUGUUUUCUGACCGACCGCUGCACAUUGGCGAAAGCCUCUUUGUGGAGGUUGGCCACCUGGGACUGCCCUAUUAUGGAGCUCUUACUUUUGGCAUCACCUCUUGUGAUCCAGGUACUUUACGGACCAAUGAGCUCCCAGCGGAUCCAGACUUCCUUCUGGAUCGCAAGGAGUAUUGGGUAGUUUGCCGGGGAUUCCCAGUCCUCAACAAUGGUGACAUCCUCAACUUUGUGGUCUUGCCAAAUGGAGAAGUGCAUCAUGGAAUAAAUGGGAUGAGUCGUGGGAUGCUAAUGUGCGUUGAUACCUCACAGUCGCUGUGGGUGUUCUUCACAAUCCAUGGUGUCAUCAAUCAGCUCAAAAUUUUAGGCACAGUGCAGUCCAGCCCAGUGACGGUCUCCCCCUCAGGAUCCCCAGGAGGUUCUCAGUAUGACAGUGAUUCAGACAUGGCUUUCAGUGUGAACAGGUCUUCUUCUGCAUCUGAAUCAUCCCUAGUGACUGCUCCAAGUUCUCCUUUGAGCCCUCCCGUGUCCCCUGUGUUUCCACCUCCGGAGCCCUCAAGCAGCAAGAAUGGGGAAUGCACCGUUUGCUUUGACAACGAGGUUGAUGUGGUGAUCUACACCUGUGGACACAUGUGCCUCUGCAACACCUGUGGUCUUAAGCUAAAGAAGCAACUCAAUGCCUGCUGCCCCAUCUGCCGACGGGUCAUCAAAGACAUUAUUAAAAUCUACCGUCCUUAACCUCUCUUCACCCCCACCUGGGUGUGAAUGAGGAGGAACAGGAGGAAGAAUGUUGUUAACAGUUACCAUACCUUCCUGUACCUGCUUAUGGGUUAUUGUGUUGGUCAGUGGUUCCUGAGUGACUCUUUUGUUUCUAUUUCCACAUGUUUGACCAGUAGAAACAAAUCAGGGAUAACAAAGUGAACUGGGCAACAAUCUGGUCCUCACUGAGGCUAAAGGUACAGCUGUGGAGUGGAGAGAGCUUUGUAAAGGUGCUGCUCUAAUGGGUAAAGAAUGGGGUGUAGUAAGGCCUGAACCCAAAAUACUCUAUUUCAAAAGGAAAGAACUCUCUUGUGGCAGUUGUUUUCGUUAAGAAAUACAGCUGUCCUGUCUCAGGCAGGGGGUUGGAGUGAGCAAUCAUCUGACCAAUUUUAUAAAAUUUCAGCACUUUAACCCUACAUAGGAAAAUUAGCAAAUUAGCCAGCUUCUUAGUCAGUUUCAAACAGGAAGGAGGAAACUUUAUUGACUAGAUGUUUUCUUUAGAAGUCAACAGAUGCAUCAGGCCGUGAAGCCUCUCUUGUCACCUUCUAAAGUGUCGAGAGGGCAGGAGACACCGGGUGACAUUGGCUUAUUUCAAGCCUUUCACAGGCUGAGAAUGUGUGUGUGUGUGUGUGUGUGUGUGUGUGAGAGAGAGAGAGAGAGAGAGAGAGCGAUGUAAAGCACAGGAAUGGAAAUCACACUUCAGAAUAACUGAAGGUGGCCUGUGCCAGCGCGACCUGCUCAUUCAUGGUUUAGUGCCCCACAUUUGCAGACUGUAUCUUGGUCUGUGAAGCCAGACUAAGGAGCGAGACACUUGCAUGGAUGAAUAAGUCUUGACAGUGAGAGAUGCAAACAGCUAUAAAUGUCCUCUGAGCACCAAAAGUAAACAAUUUCUGAGCAGAGCAUUUUCCUCCUCCCGCAAUCCCCAUUUGAAACUUCCAGCUGUUGUGCUGAGCAACUGCCGAGUACAUCUUGAGGUGAAGAGAUUCAUUUACUGGAAGCAGUAAGCCUCAGCUUGCAGAAAAGGAAUACUAGAUGCUCUGGAGGUUACAAAUGGCCAUACUCACACAACUGUGAACUGUGGCAUGUACAAGUUUCCUUAUAACCAGGCAGCAAAGGAGUGAGACUGAGGGAGAAUUUGGCAUUUCAAGUUUCCACCAUUUCCGUACUUGUGAUUUGUAAAUGCAUUGAUUGAUGUUUUCCUCCAUUCUUCACUUGAGAACAUGUCAACAAAGUAUACAGUUCUGUGGGAGCUCUCCUUUCUUCCUCUCCAGGGAGUUGUCUUCUAUUCCACAAUGGAGGCAUCUUACUGAAAUUAAAAGGCUUUCCAGUUGGCAUUGUUUGCUGGGAAAAGAAUUUGCAAGCUAUUAUUAGAUGCCUGGUCUUAAAAGAUAAAUGAAACUUUGGUUGUGGUUAGAGAACUCUGAAUUGCAAUCACCUGAAACCAAAUUUGGACUUUAGGAAGAGAGCAAUAAAACCACCAGCCCACUGGCUAAUUUUCUUCUCUUGUGUCCAGCAGGAUCCUAUUGCAUUUCACAGAAAUCUGGCCAUACUCUCUCACUAAUACCUAGGGAUCUUGAGCUUUUUUAUUCAACCAAAGUCUGCAUGAAGACAUUUUGUCAACUGAGAUGGAAAUGGAACAGCUCUGUCUGCCUUGAGUGUAGUUACUAUAUGUCAGUAUGCUACAGGUGCUCUCCAAAGCAGAAAUCGUGGUAUAUCUGCUGAUAUAUGCCCCAAUCCUUUGAACUACUGUACUAGAGUAGCUUGUAGGAUCCUCGGAGAUGAAUAUAUCUCAAAUGCUCCACACAUGGGAAACACAAGAGCCAACUAUACAUGAUACCAUAGCUGCUUGGGUAAUUUCCUACUGCUCAGAUCAUUCCCCUAACAUUUUAACUCUAUCCUACUUCCCUCAUAUAGAACUAUUCAACAUGUUGACCACAAACUACAAGGUGGAGAUAAAUGGAGUUUCUUUGUUGUAGUUGCUUCUACCAUUUUCAGUUCCCAAAACCACAGGUGGCAAAAUGGUUGGAGAAAUAGAGUAAAAAGAAAGGGACACGUUUAUAUUUUUGUAGGUAUGACAUACUUUUAAGCAAACCUAACCAUUUAAUAAUUGAUCAUUACCAAAUAACUAAUUACCAAGACAUAGUCACUACCUCCUUUCUACUGCUAACAUUUGGGACGGGUUAAAUGGUAUUCCCCCCCCCCCCCAAAAAAAAAAAAAAAACAGGCCAUAGCUCCUUCAGUUUAAUACUGUCAGCUGUUACAUCAUAUCAAAACCAGCCGGAAUAUUUGUUUCAUUUCUUCUGGGCUGGAAGUGUUUGGCCUUAAUUGGUCUGGAUCAGUCUGUGCCCCACAACAGCUUACAAGCUGCCACUGUGAUUAUGUUUUGAGAAGAAAUUUAAGUUUGCACCUUGGCGCAAAGGUGGAAAGGGUGUGUAUUGUCUUAAUUCUUUUGGUUGAAACUGAUUUCCCCAAAGGAGCAGCAUCUCACAGAGCUUUGAGCAGGGCAAAUGAGUCCAUUGCUGUGGAUUGUGAAGCAGAUGGAGAAAGGUCAACAAUGGCCACACAGCUUUACACUACUCCAGCCUCACAAGGAAUUCUCAAAUUCUGACAGAUACCUUUUAAGAGAGGAAAGUUACUUAGCAACUUGUUCUUGUUAUUGCUCUUCUUUUUUCCAGCCAAACUCUUUUUAGAAGAUCUGUUUGUGCCUUAUAAGGGUGUCUGUGCACUUUUUAUCCUUUUUAAUGCUACUUUAAAUCAAAUGGAGAGAGAAAAAAGGAACUUCACCACAGGGGAUGGCUGGUAGUUUUAUAGAAUUUUAUGUGUUCACCAAGGACUCUGGUUUUUUCCUUUUGAUAUUGGAGUGAAAGUUGUAUGUUUUCAUUGAAUUUUUGCUGCCACCCUCCUCCCCAUGUCCUCUUUGUAUAAAAAGCUUUUUCAAAAGUUUCCAGAUUUGUAAUACUUCUUAAUAUUUUUCUGGUUCAUGACUGUGGUCUGUACAUCACAUUCUAAAAUAAGUCAAAUUUUGUUCUCUCUAUGAUAAGAUUUUCAAAGCAAAUUAUUUGGGGAGGGAAGUUUGCACUUCUUUACAUGUUAAUACUCUCUAGCAUUGUGAUCUGUAGUGUGCGUGUGUGUUUUUUAUUUUGUUCUGUUUUAUAUUAAUAUAAAAAUUUACCUGUUUAUGAAACAAAUAAAAUGUUGGCUUGUGAGUA